AAUAUAGCUUGCCCACCCACAAUGAGAAGUUAAAUACAAAUCAGCCCUUGGAACUCUGAAGCAAGAAUACAGUUGAACAGAACAAUUUAGGCAGGAACAGCAGAGUGACAACUCACUGACUGUACAGGACUCUUCCUAUAAGUAAGGCAAAAAACUAAACAAUACUUCACAGCCACUCUUUCUUUAACACAACUCAACUCAUUUCAGCAGCAAGAUGAGUGAUUUGAAGUCCAAAUUCUUGGAGGUUUACCGUCUCUUGAAAGAGGAGGUCCUCAAUGACUCAGCCUUUGAAUUUACAGACGUUUCUCGCCAAUGGGUUGAACGUAUCUGAUGAAAUGAGAAAUGUUGAUGUUGAAGCUUCAGUAUUUUGCUUAAGAUGUUGGAUUACAAUGUACCUGGAGGAAAGUUGAACCGAGGGCUAUCUGUUGUUGACAGCUAUAAGUUACUGAAAGAAGGGAUAGAGCUAACAAAUGAUGAAGUUUUACUUUCAUCCGCACUUGGCUGGUGCAUCGAAUGGCUUCAAGCAUACUUUCUUGUUCUUGAUGACAUCAUGGAUGGCUCUCAUACUCGCCGUGGUCACCCUUGCUGGUUCAGACUUCCACAGAUUGGUAUCAUUGCUGUAAAUGAUGGCAUAGUACUUCGCAAUCAUAUCCCCAGAAUUCUGAAGAAGUAUUUUAAGGGAAAGCCUUAUUAUGUGGACUUGUUGGAUUUAUUUAAUGAGGUUGAGUUUCAAACAGCUUCAGGACAAAUGAUUGACCUAAUUUCGACAAUUGAGGGAGAGAAAGAUCUAACAAAGUACUCAUCAGCACUUCAUCGCCGCAUAGUUCAGUACAAAACUGCUUAUUACUCUUUCUACCUUCCAGUUGCUUGUGCAUUACUUAUGGCAGGCAAGAAUCUCAAUGAUCAUAUGGACGUUAAGAACAUCCUUAUCGAAAUGGGAAUCUAUUUUCAAGUACAGGAUGAUUAUCUAGAUUGUUUCGGCACUCCGGAAAUGAUCGGUAAGAUUGGAACUGAUAUUGAAGAUUUUAAGUGCUCUUGGUUGGUUGUGAAAGCGAUGGAAUGUUGUGAUGAAGAACAAAAGCAAUUGUUAAUUGAGAAUUAUGGGAAAGCAGAUCCGGCCUGUAUUGCGAAAGUGAAAGAGCUUUACAAUAUUAUUGAUCUUCAGGGUGCAUUCACAGAGUACGAGAGCGAGAGUUAUGAAAAGUUAAUAAAGUCCAUUGAAGCUCAUCCCAGUGAGGCCAUUCAAGCUUUGUUGAAGUCAUUUUUAGCCAAGAUUUACAAGAGGCAGAAAUAGAUCAGUCAAUCAACAAGGAAUAGGAGAGUAGCUGUUGGAUUUUCUUUCUUUUGGCAUAUUGCCUUUAAAUGUAAGAGAAUUUAAGUGUGGAUUUUUUUUUUUUCAAUGAACAUUUGAGUUACUUUUGGUUCUCAA